CAAGUCUGUGUGUCUGCGUCUGUGUCUGUGAGUGAGUGAGUGAGGCGCUCGAUGAUGACGAUGACGAUGAUGACAAUGCUUCUUGCUGCUGCUGCUGCUUCCCACAUGCUGACGAUGCUGCUGCUGAGGUGCUGCCACCCGCUGUUGCGCUGUGCUGCAUCUGCCUGCCACUGCCAGCCAGCAGCAGUGGCAGCGGCAGCAACAACAGCAGUAGCGCCAGGGCCCCUCCCUGCGUUCCCCCCCUCGUACAUGCAGCAUCAGCAUCAGCUCCAGCUUCAGCUUCAGCAGCAACAGCCCGUCGCCAUCCGAAAAAGGAGCACCGAAACAAAAAUUUAAAAAUAAAAAUAAACCAAAAUUCAGUGGAAAAUGAGAUUGAUUCGAAGGGCCAACCUCUUGCCCGCCGAAAUAAAGGCGCCGAUCAGGGUCCUGCGUGGGCGCCAAGGCCGCACGCAAGCCGUUUCCCCCCCUGCUCGCAGUGCCCGCUGCCCGCCGUAAGCUAAACCAUAAGGUGCAAAGUAGCUAACUACCCUGUUGUCCUGGUUCUUGGGGCGUGUCAGCCGCCGUGCCCGCCGCCGCCGCCGCCGCCGCCGCCGACGCCAUCAUCUCGUUUUCCUUUCCAUCCCGUCGACUCGGUCGACUUCCCAUUCAUUCCUACCUGCCGCUUCUGUCGCACGCACUCAAGCUGCGUUCCCCAUCCAUCCCCUUGCUUGCAUGUCGCAUCACCAUCCCACGCUCUCACACGGCCCGUGC